AUGGCUCUCCUGCCUGCCUUCCUCUUCAUUUGGGACACAGAGCUCCUGGGCAAGGAGGAGGGGAUCCUUAAAUAUGGACCAGCUUUACUGGGCUACCCCUCUUUCCAGGGCUUUAUCCCACAGUAUCCAAUCAAGCAGAUCCUCAAAGAGACCAAAAUCUGCUCUCUUGAAGUCAAGGGUAGUGAGCUUGCUUCGCUCCUUCCUCACUGCCGCAAAGAUCCUGAAUUUGACCAUGUCAUCACUGCUACAGCCUGCUCUCCCAUUAAGAUUUACAUCAUCAACCAGCCCAUCUCUAUUUGUGCAAAUGGAGGAAACUGCUUCUAUGAUGAAGAAAACCAGAGACCUCACUGUGUCUGUGCUGUUGGAUGGACAGGACAAACAUGCCUGGAGAAUAUUAAUGACUGUGAGGUAAACCUGUGCCAACAUGGAGCCACAUGUGAAGAUGGAAUCAAUAAAUACAGGUGCAUAUGUCCCCUUGGUUAUACUGGCAUAUUUUGUGAAGUUGAUAUAGACAAUUGCAUUGGAAACCAGUGCUCUGUAUAUGGUUUCUGCCAGGACCAUUUGCAUAACUACAGCUGUAACUGUUUGCCUGGAUAUGAAGGACGUUAUUGUGAAGUUGAAAUUAAUGAAUGCUCAAGUUCACCUUGCAAAAAUGGAGCUACCUGCAUGGAUUUAAUUGGCCAAUUUUUAUGUCAUUGUGCUGCUGGGUUCAAAGGAGAAACAUGUUCUGUUCACGUACAUAAUUGUCUAGAUGGACUCUGUUUGAAUGGAGGAACCUGUGAGGAGAGAAUCAAUGGCUUUCAAUGUGAUUGCCCCUUUGGAUUUGAAGGUCUGAACUGUGAAAUCAACUUUGAUGAGUGCACAUACGGCUUCUGCAAAAGCAAUUCAACUUGUUUAGACCUGAUUGCAGACUACAGCUGUGUUUGUCCUCCAGGAUUCACUGACAAAAACUGUUCCACGGCUAUUGAUGAAUGUUCCUUCAAGCCCUGCAAAAAUGGAGGCCAUUGCCAUGAUUUGACUGGUGAAUUUUACUGUAGCUGCUUGCCAGGUUUUACUGGUCGGUUUUGUGAAGCAGAUGUUGCUGCCUGCCUGUCACAACCAUGUGGGGACUCCAGCAUCUGUAAAGACACAUUGGGUGGCUAUCUUUGUUUCUGUGCACCUGGUUUUAUAGGUAAUAACUGUGAGAUUGAGGUGGAUGAGUGUCUUAGUGACCCUUGUCACAAUGGAGCUACUUGUCUUGAUCAUCUGAAUGCCUUCAGUUGUGUCUGUCAGGAUGGAUUUCAAGGCACAACUUGUGAAGCAAAUAUAAAUGAAUGUCACACUUCACCGUGUCUUCAUAAUGCAUCAUGUGAGGACUUUAUUGGUGGCUAUGAAUGCAUCUGUCUACUUGGCUUUACUGGUGCAAGAUGUGAAACAGAUAUAGAUGAGUGUGCUUCAUUUCCUUGCAAGAAUGGAGCCACCUGCAUUGACCAACCUGGUAAUUACUUCUGCCAAUGUGUAGCUCCAUUUAAAGGUUUGAACUGUGAGUUUAGGCCUUGUGAGGCCAGCAAUCCCUGCGAGAAUGGAGCUGUGUGCAUAGAAGAAAUGAAUUUGGACAUUUUUCCCCUUGGAUUCCAGUGCCAGUGUGUGAAGGGCUUUGCAGGUCCACGUUGUGAGAUCAAUAUCAAUGAGUGCAGUUCGAACCCUUGCCUCCAUGGAUACUGCUAUGACAUUGUCGAUGGCUUCUAUUGUUUGUGCAACCCAGGAUAUGCAGGACUGAAAUGUGACCAGGACAUCGAUGAUUGCAUAAACAAUGCUUGUGAACACAAUUCUACAUGUGUUGAUCUACACCUGAGAUACCAGUGUGUUUGCUUGCCUGGGUGGGAAGGAACGUUUUGUGAAUAUGAAUCAAAUGAAUGUAAUUCUGAGCCCUGUAAAAACAAUGGCACCUGCACGGAUCUUUUCAACAGCUAUCGUUGCACGUGUGCAGCAGGAUGGACAGGGCCAGACUGCAGUGAGGAUAUAAAUGAAUGUGAUUCUGAACCAUGCUUGAAUGGAGCCACCUGUUAUGAAUCUGUUAAGCAGGGACAGUUUGUCUGCAUUUGUCCUCCAUUUUAUACUGGUGACUUCUGCCAUCAGCGCUUCAGUCCAUGUGAGCUGCCUUACAAUCCAUGCAUAAACAAUUCAACCUGCUUGGCACAAGACAAUGGAAAACCGAUGUGCAUUUGCAAAACAGGAUUUGAAGGUACUUACUGUGAAGUUAACAGUGACGAAUGCAUCUCCCAUCCAUGCCAGAAUGAGGGUCUCUGUGUGGACGGAGUUAACCAUUACAGGUGCUCUUGCCAACAUGGCUUUACUGGCACACUAUGUGAAGUGGAGAUUAAUGAAUGCUUAUCAAGACCCUGCAAAAACAAUGGAACAUGCUUGGAUCUUGUAAACAGAUUCAUCUGUAGUUGUGCACCUGGAUACUAUGGGUCUCUGUGUGAGAUGGAUGUAAAUGAGUGCGAAACUUUGCCUUGCUUGCAUGGAGGAAGCUGCAUCAACAGGCUUGGAGGUUAUUGGUGUUUCUGUCCCCCUGGAUUCACAGGUGAUAGAUGUGAAGUAAAUAUAGAUGAAUGUUUGUCUGCUCCUUGCCUCAACAAUGGAAGUUGUAUUGAUGACAUCAGUUCAUAUAAGUGUCACUGUAGGAGAGGUUUUAUUGGAACAAACUGUGAGAUAAAUGUUAAUGAAUGCACGCCAGAUCCUUGUCUUCAUGGAAGAUGUAUAGAUCUCAUUGAUGGAUAUGAAUGCUCUUGUGAAUCAGGAUGGACCAGCUCAAGAUGUGAGAUAAAUAUUAACGAAUGUGAAUCUGCUCCCUGCCUUAAUGGAGGUUCUUGUCAAGAUGCAGUCAAUGCAUUUGUUUGUAGUUGCUUUAGUGGAUACACCGGCAGGUUUUGUGAAGUUGAUAUUGAUGCUUGCAGUGAGUCCACACCGAACUCAGUUCUUUGUUACAAUGGAGGCGUGUGUGUUGAUGGACCUGGAAGAACUUUUUAUUGCAGGUGUCUUGCUGGAUUUUCUGGACAGUUUUGUGAAAUAGAAGUUAAUGAGUGUAAUUCAUCACCUUGUCUGCAUGGCUCAACCUGUGAAGAUCAUAUUAAUGGAUACACUUGUACAUGUCAACAAGGAUGGGAAGGCCUUCAUUGUGAGUUGGAUGUUGAUGAGUGCAUAUCCAACCCUUGCAUAUAUGGCAUCUGUGUUCAGAAGGACCCCAGCUUUGGUUAUUCCUGUUUUUGCAAACCAGGAUUUGUGGGACGAAGCUGUGAGCUUAAUUACAAUGAUUGCCUUAUGCAGUCCUGUGCCACUGGGUUCCUUUGUGUUGAUGGAAUAAACAAUAUCACCUGUUUACCUACUAUCCCCCAAAGCAAGAAAACUGUCACUGAAGUGGCUGAAGUGUUUCCUGCUGAGAUAUUGGACAAUGACCUUUCGUCAGCCUUGGCUGCAUCUACUGAACUUUUGUCUAUACAUGCUUCUCCUGAUUUUCAUACAGAGGUUUCCCAAGAUUUUAGUUACACUCGCUAUUAUGGUGAUUCUUACCUGGAAUUUCAUGGCUUGCAUUUGAACAUGCAAAAUUUCAUCCUCUUGGAAUUUAAGACCUAUAAUCAUCAUGGACUCCUCCUGUAUAUUGAACAGAGCUCAGAAACAAUAGGACAUGUUUUAAUUCAGCUUUUCAUCAAACAUGGCACCUUAGAGUACCAUUUUUUAUGCGAUGAAGCAGCAGAAAUCAAAAACAUCACUACUACUUCUAGAGUGGAUGAUGGACACUGGUAUAAAGUGCUGAUUAGACAAGGCAUGGUACCCUGUGAAGCAGAAAUGUCGGUCCUGGGGAUAUCUGCAAAGACAAGUAUUCCUAGUAAAUUCUGGUCCAGUUCCUAUUGGCUUCAAACAGGAUCCAUAUAUAUUGGUGGUCUGCCUCAUCAUUAUGCAAUGAACCAGGUAACUGGACCUGUCUGCAAUUUCACUGGCUGUAUACAAGUCAUAAAAAUCAAUAAUGUGGGACCUUUCAACUUCUCUAAUGCUGUGGGAAGUAAUAAUGUUGGCAAUUGCAGGAUUCCUGUACCUACACAUCUGUCAACGGCAUUCCCUAUGGUUUCUUCUGGUGUGCCUGAGUUACCUGAGCCAGUUGUGCCCUCUCAGAUUUCCCCCAAAUUGCAGUCUGUAUGCCAGGAAGGGCUGUGCCGUAACGGAGGGACUUGUCGUCCUCUCUCUCUGCCUACUGGGGCCUCCUCAUUUUGGUGCGACUGCCCACUGCACUUCACUGGUCGGUUCUGCGAAAAAGACACAGCCCUGUUUUUUCCAUCCUUUGCUGGAAAUUCUUAUUUGGAACUACCUUCUCUGACAUCUGUAUCUGAGACCAAGACUGCAUCUGGGCAGGAAAGAAGCAAUCUGACGACUCUGUACUUGACGGUGAAAACAACUGCUCUAAAUGGCACAAUUCUUUACACUAGUGAAAGGAAUUUUGGAGAACAAUUUCUUCACUUGUAUCUUGUGGAGGGAAGACCAACAGUUCGAUUCAGCUGUGGAAACUCUCAGAACAUUCUGACUGUAUCCGUCAAUCAAUCCAUUAGCAAGGGUAUACUAAUCCCUAUCACAAUAAGCUAUAUGUUGCCGGUGAGCAGUCCUGAAGGUUAUUGUAUGAUUGAAAUGGCUGCAGAUGGAAAUACUCCUGUACAACACAGACUUUCUCUCUCGUAUCAAACACCUCAGAUCACCCUUGGAUCAGUCUUCCUUGGAAAUGUUCCUGUUCAUGAAGAGGUUCAUCAGUGUGCUGGGCAGAUACAUGGCUAUAAAGGAUGCAUAAGAGAUUUUCAAGUUAACAAUAAAGAGUUGUUCAUCAUAGAUGAGGCUCUUGGAGGGAGGAAUGUUGAGAACUGCAAUGUUCCAAUAUGUAAUUAUCAUCCAUGUCGCAAUGGUGGGACCUGCAUUAGUGAUGCAGAAAAUUGGUUUUGUGAAUGCCCUAAACUCUACUCUGGAAAACUCUGCCAGUUCGCAACUUGUGAUGAAAAUCCAUGUGGAAAUGGUGCCACAUGUUUUCCAAAGUCCAGGCAAGAUGCUGUUUGCCUUUGUCCAUAUGGAAGAUCUGGCAUCCUCUGCAGUGAUGUUAUUAAUAUUAGCCAGCCUAGUUUCAGUGGCACAGAUGUCUUCGGCUAUACCUCAUUCCUAGCUUAUUCUGCAAUCCCAAAUAUCACCUUCUACUUUGAAUUCCGCUUGAAAUUUCAGUUGGCAAACCACCGCUCAGCUUUACAAGAUAACUUGAUUUUUUUCACUGGACAGAAGGGCCAAGGUCUAAAUGGAGAUGAUUUCUUGGUUUUAGGCCUCCGUAGUGGCAGAGUAGUAUAUAGCUACAAUCUAGGUUCUGGCACAGCAACUAUCAUUAGUAGACCACUUGAUCUGACACUCAAUAUUCAUGUCAUCCAUCUUGGCAGAUGUCUCCAGAAAGGCUGGCUGAAGGUGGAUGAUCAGAAAAAUAAAACUGUCACUUCUCCUGGGAGACUGGUUGGACUCAACGUCUUCAGUCAGUUUUAUUUAGGAGGCUAUCAAGAGUACACUCCAGAACUCCUACCAAGGGGAUCCAGAUUUAUGAAUGGCUUUCAAGGUUGCAUUUUUGAUGUUCAAGUUCGUACCAGCAUGAAUCAAGAAUUUAAAUCACCUGGGACUCCAGAAGGUCACCCCAAUUCUGGUCGCAGUGUUGGACAGUGUAAAGGUUCCCCAUGUAGUUUAAUAAAAUGCAAAAAUGGUGGGAAGUGCAUAGAAAGUGGCUCUACUGUUUACUGUGCCUGCCUGUCUGGAUGGAAAGGUGCAUUUUGCACAGAAACCGUGUCAGUGUGUGAACCUGAGCAUGACCCCCCCCAUCAGUGUAAGCAAGGGGGUACCUGUGUGCCACUGCCUGACGGCUACACAUGUCACUGUCCUCUUGGAACAACCGGUACCUAUUGUGAACAAGAUAUUUCCAUUAGUGAUCCAUCUUUCAGAAAUAACGAAUCAUCAUGGAUGUCAUUUGCACCCUUUUAUAUCCGGCAUAAGACCCAUAUCAAACUACAGUUCCAGCCUCUGUCUGCAGACGGUAUCCUGUUUUACACUGCCCAGCAUUGGGGUACUCAGUCAGGUGACUUUCUAUGCAUAUCAUUACUAAAUGGAUUUGUACAGUUACGCUACAAUCUUGGAGACAAGACAGUCAUUCUACAGAGCUUUCAGAAGGUCCUUGCAAAUAGAAACACAUGGCAUUCGCUCAAAGCAGGAAGAGUUGGUACUGAAGGCUACCUGGACCUGGAUGGCAUCAACAUGACUCAAAAAGCUACUCCUGGAAUGAAUGCACUAGACACGCACACAGAUUUUUUUGUUGGAGGAGUAUCCUCCUUAAACCUUGUCAACACAAUGGCAGUAGAAAAUGAACCCACAGGUUUCACCGGUUGUAUACGAGAAAUUGUUAUAAACAACAGGGAACUGAAGCUUACCGUGACUGACCCCAAAGGUGGAGCCAACGUUGGUGACUGUGAUGGAACCAUUUGUGGUUACACAGUGUGCAAAAACAAUGGAAUAUGUCAAGUUAAAAACUCAGGCUUUUCUUGUUCUUGCCCAAAAGAAUGGGUAGGGAGCACAUGUGAACAACCAAUCCACUGUUCACAAAACAGGUGUGGGGCUCAAGCUCUCUGUAUUCCUCAAUCUACUUCAUUUUCAUAUAUCUGUGUAUGUGCACUAGGCUGGUCAGGUAAGUACUGUGACAGAAAAAUCACAUUUUUCAUAGCCAAGUUUGUUGGCAACUCCUACAUCAAAUAUACAGAUCCUUAUUAUGGAAAAAGAGACCUCCAGAAUAGCCGCAUUUCUGUAAAUUUUACUACCAGUCAAACUGAAGGCUUAAUAGUAUGGAUGGGAAAAGGUGAAGAUGAAGAUAAUGAUUUCCUUGCCAUUGGUCUUGCCAAUGGAACAUUAAAAGUUGUGAUUAAUCUUGGAGAAGGAAUCUCUGUUCCUCUAAUUCAUAGCAAACACUCCACCUGUUCUGAUGACAGAUGGCAUUUUGUUACUGUAGUUCAAAACCAAACUUGUAUUAAGGCGUAUCUUGAUGAGGAGCUAAUUCUUUUUGAAGAUAUUGAUCCAGACAGAAAGUACACUGCUUUAAACUAUGGUGGCAUUUGUUACUUUGGUGGGUUUGAAAUUGGCAGGAAAGUCAAAAUAGUUACUGCAGGGCUUUUUCAGAAGGAAUUUAUUGGUAAAAUUAAAGAUGUUGUGCUCUUCCAAGAUUCUAAGAAGGUUCAGCUAAUUAAAGCAGAAGGGUAUAAUGUUUAUGAUGGAAAUUAUGGAAAAUAA